AUGUUCUCGAAGCCGCUCGCGCUCCUCCCCCUCCUCGCGCUCCUCGCGCCCGCCCUCGCGCGCCCCGCCGCGGACGCCGCGCAGAUCGACACCUCGUCGCACUGCGGACAGUGGGACACCGUGUCCGCGGCGCCGUACUCGCUCCUGCUCGACCAGUGGGGCGCGUCCGGCGCGUCGUCCGGCUCGCAGUGCGCGAACCUCGUCAGCCAGAGCGGGAGCACGAUCGCGUGGAAGACGACGUGGAAGUGGACGGGCGGGAGCGGCGUGAAGAGCUUCACGAACAUCCAGCUCAACCAGGGCCUCAACAAGCAGCUCAGCGCGAUCUCGAGCAUGCCCACGACCUGGACGUGGUCGCAGUCGACGUCGGGCUCGAUCGUCGCCGACGUCGCGUACGACCUCUUCACCGCCAACUCCGCCGGCGGCUCGAACGUGAACGAGAUCAUGGUCUGGCUCGCGAACUUCAACGCCGGCCCGAUCUCGGCCCAGUACGGCUCCGACGGGAAGCCCGUCCCCGUCGCCUCCGCCGUCUCGCUCGCCGGCCACUCCUGGAACCUGUACCACGGCAGCAACGGCGCGAACGCCGUCUGGUCCUUCCUCCCCACCUCGGGCACGAUCCAGAGCUUCAGCGGGGACCUCAAGACGUUCUUGAACUACCUUGUACAGCACGAGGGCGUGAGCUCGUCGCAGUACCUCGUCACCGCGCAAGCGGGCACCGAGCCGACCUCGGGCUCUGCCACGCUCACCACGUACGUCUUCGGUCUCGCUGUUCCGCGCUGA